UAUAAGAAACCAUGUAACUGCUUGCAAACAAACUUAAGCACUUCACAUGGUUUAAAUUUGUAUAAAUGAUAGUUUUAAAUAAGUAAAUUUAUAUAAUAAAUUUUAAAAGAAAUAUCUCAUUAGAUCAAUUUCUAAUAGAUAAUGUCUCGAUCACUAAUACGUAAAGCUUUUGAACUAAUUGAAGACGAUUAUAAAUCUCGCAUCAGUGAUAAUAAAUCCAAGCUUCCCAAGAAACAUUCAUGCUGUCAAAAGAAAAACACUUUUGGAUCACAAUAUGCCACAAAUUCUGAAGCCUUUGAUUGGAAAAUAGGAAAAAGUAAUCCAAAAUGCAAGCCCAAUUUAGAUUCCAGCAAAAUUGAUAGAACUGAAGAGAAUCUGAGUAUUUUAAAACAGUUAAGUCAACUGAGGCCGAAACCAGCUGCUGCUCAAAAGAUCAUAGAAUAUCAAAGAAAAUUGCAAAGUAAGCGCUAUUUAGAACCAGAAAUUCCUGAGCCUGAGCCAGAAUCUAUAUUAUUUCCUGAAGAGAAAAAAAAGAAAAAGAGAAGAAAAGUGGAAGAAUUUUAAAAUAUCUUUAUGAUGUUUUGUAAAUAACUUAUCCUUUUUCUUUUUAAAUAAAAUUAAGUUUAAUUUUA